AUUUCGAUAAUUAGUUAAUAAAAAAAACGAAACGCAAAUAUCUCCGUCGCCCAUUUUACAUCACCGGCUCCCCUCGCGGAGCUUGCACUUCACCCUUCCACCGCCCCCGGCGACCGCCACCAUGCCAACCACCUCCACCUCCACCUCCACCUCCGUAACCAGCAGCAGCGGCAGCUCCAGGGAGCUAAUGAGCCGUCUUGCCUCCGGGGACCCCGAAAUCAAGUUUAAGGCACUCCGCGAAAUCAAGAACCAGAUCAUCGGCAACCGCACCAAGAAGCUAUAUUUCCUCAAGCUCGGUGCCGUCCCCACUGUCUCCGGUAUCCUUUACCGAGCACAAGUGGAAUUACCGGAUGACAACAUUUAUAGCAAGAACGAUAGCAAUCGUGACAUUAUCAUUCAGUCUGCUGCUGUGCUUGGCAGUUUUGCUUGUGGCUUUGACGCCGGAGUCAGAGCUGUUAUUGAUGCCAGCGCCUUCCCCCAACUUGUUCGGCUCCUCGGAUAUAGGGAUGACAAGGUGGUUGAUGCAGGUGCGCGAUCCUUAAAAAUGAUUUAUCAGUCAAAUCUGGCACCAAAAUAUGAUUUCUUGCAAGAGAAAAACAUGGAAUUCCUUCUUUCAUUAUUGCAUAGUGAGAGCGAAAAUGUUACUGGACUUGGUGCAAGUAUCAUCACACACUCUUGUCAGUCCAUUGCAGAGCAGAAGGCAUUAUGUGAUGCUGGGGUUCUAGAGAAGCUUGUUGGCCUUCUUGAAGGUUCUCUGAGCCAAAGAGAUGCCAGUUUAGAGUCUCUAGCUAUGCUUUUCAAGGAUAAUCCUGAUGUUGUAUUGAAGUUUGCGGGACUUGAAAACGGUAGACCUUUGAGUUCUAUAACUGAACUUACCAAGGAUAGGCAUCCCCGAACAAGGUUAUUAGCCUGCAUAUGCUUAAUUUCCAUAAGGAAUACUUCUCCUUGCUAUCUGCAAGAUGUAGGGAUCAAAACCAGAUUGGUAAAUCUUUUGCUUGAGCUUCUUGAUACUCCUGAUCAGGUUGGAGAUGAUGCUUCCUUUGCUUUUUCUAGUUUAAUUGCACAAAAGGAGGAUCUACAGAAAUUAGCUUUUGAGGCAAAUGCUGUUGAUAAACUUUUCAACCUCUUGCAAGGAGAGCAACUACAUUCCAAACGUCUACAAGGAUUACUGCUGGCUCUGGGCAAUCUAUGCUCCAAGUUGGAGAGCUGCAGGUCUAGGUUUCUAUCAUUGCAAGUUUUGGAGUUGGUAAUUGAUUCACUGACAAAUGAUAAUGCUGAUAUACGAAGUGCAGCUUGUAUCUGCUUGAGAAACGUGUCUCGUUCAAUCAAGAAUUUGUGUGCAGGUUACUUUAUGAAUGAGAAGAUAAUUAUCCCCUUGGUUCAGCUUUUAGAUGACUCUUCAGUGUCUGUUCAGGUUGCAGCUCUUGGUGCUGUUAGCAACAUAAUGGUCGAUUUAGCGACACGUAAGUCAACCUUUAUACAAUGUGGCGGCAUAAAACAGCUUGUUCAGUUAUCAAAAUCCAUGGAGUCAACUGUCAGGUCAAAUGCUUUGUGGGCUUUGAGGAAUAUGAUGUUCCUGGCUGAUGACAAGUGUAAAGAAGGGAUCUUUUUGGAGCUCUCAGCAUCUGAAAUAGCAAGCCUCAUCUGUGACCCUGAGCCACUCGUUCAAGAGCAAGCUCUUGCCUUAGUUCGCAAUCUUGUUGACGGAUGUGUAAAUUCUGUUGAGUUCGUGUUUGCUGAAGAUGGUGUAAUCUUAGAUGCUGUAGGGCGGCAAGUACAGAGUGCUUCAAAAGCCGAAAUUGGCAUACAGGGAAUGUAUCUGCUCAGCAAUAUUGCGAGUGGUAAUGAGUUUCACAAAGAAGCGGUAAUAGAGAAACUGCUUCCCCAAGUGGACAAGGAAGCAGAUUGUUUCAUAAUCAACUUUUUGCGUAGUAAUGACAGCCGAUUACGGACAGCUGCAGUUUGGGCCAUAGUAAAUCUCACUUUUCCAUCAAGUCCUGGUGCAUUUGGCCGGCUUAUCAAAUUACGGAAUGCUGGCAUAGUUUCUCAAAUAAAGAGCAUGGUUAAUGAUUCUUGCCAAGAUGUAAAGCUUCGUGUGAGAACGGUGCUCACACAGUCAAUGGCCUUUGGUGAUGGUACAUGAUUGUUUAUGUUCAAACAUUGGGCGUGAUGCAGUUUGACUUCCGCUCUGUACUUAAUUUGUAAGAUGAGCUUCUUGGGAGCUUGCAGCACUGUAUGCUUCAGCCAAGGUUAACACAUCUUGCUUUCAGUUGUUCAGUCAGAACAGCUCUGGAAGCUUUGUUAUGCUGGCUGCCAGCAAGUAGCUUCUCUUCAAGAAUUCCACUUCAUAGAUACAUGAAUCCUGUAUUUUUUUUUGGGUAUUGAUUAGGCCAUUCUUGUACCAUUAGCUGCUUAAAAACCAUUAGUUUAUCAUGCGAUUAUAUCGAUGUACAAGACACUGCCACCCAUAUGAGAUGUUAACCUUUUAUGUUGAGAUGCAACUUAUUGUAACUUUUUGAACUUCCUUGGGUGAGGAUGUGGCAAGUAAUUUUGGUAAACCUAGUUCUCUUUGGCAUGACUAUUGACAAUUUGGUCAUUUA